UUCACUUAACUGCGGUGGUCGGAUGGGAACUGGUGUUUUUGCCUAGUUUCCGUGUUUUGUUUGUUACUUCUUCUGUGCGCAACGAGAAAUUAGUAACUCACUUUCAAAGUAAAAAGUCGUUCAAAAGUUCAUAGAGAAAUGGGAUCUGCUUUGUUUACAGAGGUGUAAACAAACGCGAAGUUAGCGAAACUUGUUACUUGUUCACUGUGACUCAAACGUAUAUUCAACGAUUUAUGCUAUAUGUCAUUAUAGGAGAUAGCGCAACAGAACCCAUCGCUAUCCUGAGCGAAAAUGUUGCGUAAGAGAUGCGAAAUUUCUUGCUGAAGCCAACUUUUUAUUUCUUCAAUUCCUGCCAAUUGGGCUGAUUUUGACUUUCAUGUGAAUGUUUGGAAUGACCAGGUAGAGCUGCUUUAGUUUUUGGCUGCUAUUUCUGUUGAGUUUUGCGUUUGCGAAAUUUUUAUAUCGAAUACGGAUCGACAGCUUUUAUGUGACGCUCUUUUGCUAAUUAUUUAUUGAAAUUUUUCUUUAUUUAUUUUUAGGAUGUCGGAAAAGGAGCUAAAAUUUGGUUCAAGCGAUCCUCCUGCAUACAGCCAUGCUGAUGUUUACAAUGUUGAUCUCGAAAAGGGUCUUUGUUUGUGUACGCAAGAGAACGUAAGCAAAUCUUCCGUCUCAACUCCUCUCAAAACCAAGGAAAGAAAAAAAAAUAUAGUGACUGAAUCCAGCAGCUUUCCUGAGUCCAUAAAGGAGCUUCACUGCAAAACAUCAGAAAUAGUAAACUAUGGUUUUCCCGAAAAUGUGGUCCUCAAACACAGAAACUAUCGUUUACUAUCAACAGCAAUCUUUUCGUUGUUGUGUACGCUAGCAAUUUCCUAUCCUUUCGAACCCUUUUCUUGGCUAAAAAAUGCCUUUAAUGAAAUUAAAUACGAUUGGACCCUUCUUGGUUUUUUAGUUCUUUUGAUUGUGAUAUGGGCAAUAUUCUAUGCUUUUUUCUAUUUCUUUCAUCCAAUUGCCAUCGGGGCAAUAAGAGCCUUGCCCUACUCCAUAAUCUUUGUGUGUAUUGCCAUUGGUAAUAUUGGAGUAUUGCUUGGUGAUGCCAUAUAUAAUGUUGGAGUAUUGCUUGGUGAUAUUAUUUAUGCUGUUGCCCAAGGAUUUUAUAUAGUUUUCAUGUAUUUCCUUGGUUUAGACUUUGCAAAUACAACUGAAACCACCGGUUCGCCUACGUUGCCCAGAUAUCAGCAAAGGGAUGAUGCACUAGCUCCUCCGCCGACGACUACGAACGAAGAAAUAGAGCUGUAGAGCAAUCCUACCACUCAAGGUUAAUGCCUUAUUUGCGUUUCUUUUCUCACGAGCCUUAACUCUUCCGAUCG